CACCCUAUAAGGACAAAUGUACCCAAUAGCUCAUGGAAGAAAAAAAUCAAAUCAGGACAUCCUUGGUUUCCAGGCUACCGAAAUAUGGAACGAAAACUUUAGGAAGUGUCUUGCAACCUGUGCCAAAUGGGGCGGCUGUUGGUUUAGCAGGAAAUAAUGGUGGCAAAAAUUUUGGCAAGCACAAUGGCACUGCUCACAUGUCUUCCUUUUCUUUCAACUGGAAAAAAUCAAAUAAAUAUCAACUUCAUGGUCAAAAUGGGAGAGAGACCAACUCUAAACAUAACUGUAAUGAAAAACUAAUCGAUUCUGAAAAGUAUUCUCAAUCUCAAGGAGCAUUGGGUAAUGAUGUGCUCAGGGUGGGUUUAAAAAGUAGUGUUUCGGUUGCAUCAAAAGCAGCGAAGCAAACCAAUAUGUUUGUAUCUUCUACUGAGGAAUUAAACCCAAAGUCUUUGCCUGGACUCUCUAGUUCAGCAAAAUUCGCCAAAGGUACCCUGUCAGGAACGACCUCAUAUUCUGGGCUCAGUGCUCCAAAAUCACAUUUAAAUGGAUUUUAUGGAAAUAGGCCGGUGGUAGGUUUGCAGAGACCUAGAGCUAAUUCCAGUGCUACAAGGACAAGUUCAGGAGAAAGCCUGGCGCAAUCUGCAGACGGUAGCAAGGCUUUUUCCUGUGAAAAAAUGGUAAGAUCACAAAGUUUUUCACAUUCCAUUCAGAAUUCUUUCCUUCCCACUGCAUCUUUAACCAGGUCACAUUCCUUUAAUAAAGCUGUGGAUCUUACAAGGCCUUAUCAUAGUCAAAAUCUAGCUGCCAGGACAUCUCAGAGGUCGACUUUGUUGUCAAGAAAUGCAUGUCAGUUGGAUGUACCAAAUGGCAAUGAACCGAUGAAGUAUGGAUUUGGCAGGCCCUACUCUAGUAUGUCGACUCCUUGUUCAAAGAAGCCCGCACUGUCAAACGGGUCUGGGUCAGCACCUUCGUUUGGAUACAGAUUAAGUCGGCCUUCUCUGCUGAAGCCUACCAGGCAGCGAUUUGCUGGAAAUAUUGUUGUGGAUGGCAGCAAAAGUACGACUUCUGACACGUGCAUUGUAGAGAACUCUCAAAUUUCAACAAAUAUUAAUAGAGCAAUUGAGAAAAACAGUAUUAUAGAGAGCAGCGCUCAAAGAACAGAAUCUGACGAGGGCCUGCAUGAAAGUAUAGGGUCAAAAGUCAUGUGCAUGAGCGAUGAUGGAGAUGAAAUAUCGAUAUCUUCUUUGUCAUCCUCUGAAAAAAACGAUUUGAGUGAAGACUUCAGUGAUGAUUUCAUAGACAUAGAAGUCCCAAACAGAACUAUACAAAUACAGCAAAAGGAGAGCUGCCUUCAAGAGUUAGAGCAUGGGAGCAUAAAGUCCAUCGAGCCAUUCACUUCUCUCAAGGAAAGUGGAGGAUCUUGCUGUAAUGCUGAUGACUGGCUUGAUAUAAAUGUGUCUGCAGUGGAUGACAACAGUGAAAGCACAAAGCAUACUGCUGAGAAUGUCACUUCUCCAGAGAUGAAUUACAGAGCUGGGUCCUCUUUUGAGCUUUCUCCAUCUGACAGCUCUGAUGGCACGUACAUGUGGGAUGAAGAAGGACUGGAACCUAUUGGAAGUGUCCAUCCAUGUGGAAGUUAUGAAUCUUCAGAAAUGAACAGCAUAGAUAUCUUGAAUAACCUUGAUUCAUGUGAUCUUGAAGAUGAUGAUCUCAUGCUUGAUGUGGACCUGCCUGAGGACCCGCCUCAUGACAAAGAGGAAUGUGAAAAUAUGAGCCGUUAUGAUAGACAAGACAGAAAUGCUAGGCAACAUCAGGAAGGAUUCUGGAAAAGAGCACCACAACAGCGAUGGAAUACGCAAGACCACUAUCAUCUUGGCCAUACUGAUCACUAUAUCCAUGGUAAAAAUGAUUUGAACAGGCAGUGGAGUCAUUGGCUGAAGAAACUCCCCUCCAAGAACCCUAAAAAAACAAAGGAGAGCACUAAUGAUGAAAAUGUGUCGCUCCAGGACAUCCCACUCUCAGUUCCAUCAAGUCCAGAACCGCAAGAACCUGAGUCAACUUUUAAGGUGGACGAUCUGCUGAAUGAGAUCAGGCAGCUUAAAGACGAACUGAAGAAAAAGGAUGAAACCAUCAACCAAUUAGAGCAUCAACUUGCCACUACAUGUAACUGCCAGAAAGACAGCCAAAAACCUACUGGGACACCAUGCAUGUAUGCUGAUAAAUUUACGCAAACCUCCUGGAGGAGAAGUUCUGGUGGGUAUUCUGCUCCCUCCUUCUCUCCCUGGCAGGGCUCAUUCCAGGGCAUCCCUCGGACUGUUCCACCGCACCGCAGACAGACCUCAAGUACUACAGCCUUCCAGCAGCCUUCCCAGUUCCACAGACCUCGCCCAGGGAAAACUAAUAAAAAUGCCACAUAUCGGGGCCCACAGUGA